UCAGUCUUAUCUGUGGUGCGGCAGUGGGCUACACUGUUUCUGCCAUAAACUGACAGAAAGUUCAGAAGCUUUCCAGCGUGGACUGGAUAGUUGCGCAGUGCAUUUUGGAUUAUACCGCUCAGAACUUACACGCUUGUUCAACUUGAUUCUAACAACAACUGGUCGCUGGUGUCGAGUUUGUUUAUACCCGGAAAUGUCGUCCAAUAAUGCAAUAACAAAAGCCCAUGUGGUUUCCCAUUAGCGCGCUGCCCUGGUCACAUGCUCCACUUUUGCCGUUCACAGGACCUGGUCGGGAGCUUUGAAUGUUUGGGGAGAAGAAAACGACGUGAGAAUAUUACUAAAGAUGUUAUAAAAUAGUUAUUAGAGGUAUGUAAGUUUCAAUGCUAAAAAACAAUCCACCACGCCCGGAGAGCGACUGAGUGAGUGUUGAUUUUGAGUCUUAAUAUCUGCGGGACUUCGGCGCGACGAGGAUAAUGACCCAGAGUUGUGUCUGGGCUUGCUGCCUCAAUCCAGAGGCUAAAGAAGCUCGGAGAAUCAGCGACGAGAUUGAGAGACAACUUCGAAGAGACAAGAAGAACGCUCGCCGGGAGUUCAAACUUCUUUUGCUGGGAACUGGAGAAAGCGGAAAGAGUACUUUCAUUAAGCAGAUGAGAAUCAUCCAUGGACGAGGAUAUUCUGAAGAGGACAGAAGAGACUUCACUAGGCUGGUCUAUCAGAACAUAUUCACAGCCAUCCAAACCAUCAUACAGGCCAUGAAUAUACUCCACAUCCCCUACAUGUUUGAGGAUAACAAGGCCCAUGCAAAAGUAAUUAUUGAGGUGGAUAUAGAUAAAAUAUACAGAUUCUCAAAGCUUCAUGUAGAUGCCAUAAAGAGCUUGUGGAGUGAUCCUGGGGUUCAAGAAUGUUAUCAUCGAAAGAGAGAAUAUCAACUUUCUGACUCUGCAAAAUAUUAUCUGAACAAUUUGGACCGAAUAGGGGACCCUGCCUAUGUGCCUACUCAGCAGGAUGUGCUAAGGGUCAGAGUUCCCACAACCGGUAUUAUAGAAUAUGUCUUUGAUGUGGAAAAAGUGGUGUUCAGAAUGGUGGAUGUGGGUGGUCAGCGUUCAGAGCGCAGGAAGUGGAUCCACUGUUUUGAGUACGUCACAUCCAUCAUGUUCCUGGCCGCUCUCAGCGAGUAUGAUCAGGUUCUUAUAGAAUCUGACAGCGUGAAUCGAAUGGAAGAAAGUAUGGCACUGUUCCAGACAAUUUUGCACAGUCCAUGGUUUAUUUCGGCUUCUGUGAUGUUGUUUCUCAACAAAAUUGACCUGCUGAAGGAGAAAAUCAUGUAUUCACAUUUAGUUGACUAUUUUCCUAAAUAUGCUGGGCCAAAGCAAGAUGCCAAGGCAGCAAGUGAAUUUAUUCUAAAUAUGUUUCUUAGUUUUCAGCCAGAUCAGAAAAGGAUCUACUCCCACUUCACUUGUGCCACAGACACAAACAAUAUUCGAUUUGUCUUUAGUGUAGUGAAAGAUCACAUUUUGCAGUCCAACCUUAGUGUGUAUAACUUAGUUUAAAACUGCAGCUAUGCAGUCUACUUAAGUUUGAACCGUCAGUAGGGGAAUUCUGAACUUCUUCCAUUUGCAUGUUGUAGCUGCUGAACACUAUAAUCUGAGGCAGAAAAUGAAUGUACUUUGUAUUUUUCACAUUCCUUAUUCUUUAAUAAAAAUCAAGAUGAGGAGCUAGCCUUAUAGUAUGCACUAUGCAAUGUAUGUUUUUUCAGUAUUCUAAGUGCAUAAAUAUUGAGUAAAAGGGAAAAUGUACAAGAACCAAGCACCAGUACCAUUUAUUUCCAAUAAGGUGGUGUGGUUAAAAUUAUUCUCCUCUGCCUGAUAUGCAGUCAGUUAUGCAAACAAAAAUGUACUUUUUAAAUUUUUUGUUGGAUAAGAUUACUAAGUAUGUUGCACUGUUUUUGCUAUGAUUAGAAACUUUUAUUUAGUAACUUCUUUCCCAUUGCACUGUAUUCUUACCACCAUGCACCGGAUGGAGAGAUGAGCUCCAUAUGUGGUUAUAUAUGCUGUUUUUUGUUGUUAAAGUGGAGAUACUGAUGGAAAUAUUAACUGUGUGCAACAGGGUAAUAGAAACACUAAUAAUAACACCGUUCAUACUGAUUUGCAGCAUAUAUGUACAGCUGUCAAUUUCACAUUUUGUUUAGUUUUGAUAUACAUCGCCCACUACUAUUCAGUGAUGUUUGUUUGAUGUUUUUUUAUUUUAUUUUUUUCACUUUUUGUUCUUUGUCCUGUAUUGUACAUUUAUAAUUAACUUCAAAGUAGAGAAUGAUUUAGGCCUGCAUGAUGUAUAACAAAAAUUUAAGAUCCCUGCUCCAGGUGUUAAGGGACACUGUUUACAACACCUCUCUUGCCCAGUAUUCAGUAUUUGUCAGACUGUAUGCUGAGGGUACUUUAAUUUUGGAAAAUUAAAAUUUAUUUUUUAAUA